UGUCAAAACCCACUUCCGCAACUAGCGAGCGAGAUCGUCGUCGUCGUAUUCGCGCAGCAGUUCACCAGCAUCACGAGAGACGAGCGGUGCAGCACGUCGUGAGCGCGCGCAAAGCUUCGUAGACGAUGUCGUGACGCGCGGCCUACCGUAACGGCGACUCGCACUUCUCGUGUCUUCUGUCGUGUCUUCAUCGAGACGAGAGACUCUCCGUCACCCGUCCUUCUCUUCGUCGCGUCUCGUGUUCCGAUUCUACGUUAUCGUCGUCAUCCUCGAGUCAUUUCGCGGGAGGAAAGUGUCGCGUGAUUUAGAAUAUUUUCGCGUUCGUGAAAUUAGUGUAUUAUAUGUAUGUAUGUGUAUAUGUGUGUGUGUACAGGCACAUACGUGUGUAUACAACUAACCUCCGUUUCGAAUACGAGUGCUGAGUAUCUGAAAGCUGAACACGCUGGAGCAUGAAUAGUUCAUGAGUCGACUGAAUAGUAUCAAUUCGAAAAAUUUCUCAUGGAGGAUAGUCAAGUGCGACGAUAGUUUUCGGCAGGCGAAAUUCCAAGAUUCUUCCAUCAAUGUCUACAUUAGCACAAGUUUAGCAAUUUUGUUUUACAACAGUCAGACACGAUGUUGAUCACAUAGCGUAAACUGGACCGUAUAAACCAAACUUGGACACAAAUCUCCUAAUAGAUCAUGCGUGGCAAGGCAUAGAAAAUUGGAUCGGAAUAUUUAGAAUAUUUAAUGUUCAGUGCAUAUUACAGUGUCAUCUUUCAACUCAAUAUCUUCUUCUACAUCGACAAAAGUACUGCAUCCUUUGCAGCGAAGAGACCAAAACCUUCAUCGAUUAAUCUUCAUCCGGUGAAGAUGAGCAGCAGACUUGAAGAAACAGAGCAGAAAUGGACCUGCGAAUACUGCACUUAUGAAAACUGGCCCUCUUCUUUAAAAUGUACCAUGUGCAGAGGUGCCAAGCCACUUCUUGGCGAAGAUAUUUACCGUCUUCGAGAUCCCAGUCCUCAAAGAGGCUCCUCCAACGUCGCUUCUGGUCCCGUGCCUCAAAUAAGCCCUACUGACAACUUUAUCUCGCAAAAUUACAGUCAGAAUCUGCCUUCCGCAGGAAAGUGGGCCUGCAACAUGUGCACUUAUCUUAAUUAUCAAAACGCAACGCGUUGCGUUCAAUGUGGCAACCGAAAACCAAUGAAUCAGUCCGUCAAUUCAUUAGCGUCAAAUUUGCACGAACAUUUAGCGCCGCUGCGAUUAGCCGACGGGCCACCAAAUUCGGGAUCGAAUUCUCAGUUAAAUCCCUCGCCGAUUAAUCUUCAUCCAGAAAAAUUGUAUAAUAUGAAUCCGGAGAAAUGGUCUUGUCAUGCGUGUACUUAUGAAAACUGGCCCAAAGCAACCAAGUGCGUUAUGUGUGGUCAUCCAAAAGAAAAAGAUAAGAAGGAUAAGGGAACACAAGGGAAUGUGGGAGUAAUUUUACCAAGUCCCGAGAGGGAGCAUAGUCAACGGGGUCUGCCAUCACCUCCGAUGCACCCUACAGUUCAUCAAACGCAAAGGGAGGAUAAUUUAGCGAUAGGAAGGAGAGGUCCACACAGAUAUGCAGACAGCCGGAAUGACAGUCUAUCGACUCCUCAAUCUCCAAAUAAUUGUGAUUACGAGCGCCGAUUGAAGCAAUUGAGACGUCAUACCGAUUGGUGUUGGCUAAAUGCUUGUCUCGGUAUCGUUGAAGGUGAUAACACCCCCGUCGAAGCUUACCUGGCGAGUGGCGGUGAUCCUGCUCGCCAAUUGACGCAUUCUGAGGUCUUACUCCUCAAUAGAAGCAGCGCGUUUGACGUUGGGCACACUUUGGUGCACUUGGCUAUUAGGUUUCAAAGGGAAGAUAUUUUAGCUACAUUACUAUCACAAAUCGAAGGUUCGGGCUCAGGAGUUAAGAGGGUACCGAGUUACGUCGCACCGGACCUCGCAGUACAGAUUCGUCGACAUGUCACCAAUAGUAUACGCUUACGCAAAGGCUCGUUUCCCUGUUACUUCGUCACUGAUAUGGCCACUUUUGCGUUGCCAGCCGAGGUUGAGGAUUUACCGAGUAUUGUGCAAGAACAAAUGUUAGAAGAAUUAUUAGAUAAGGAAGCUCAACAGCAACUAGAGGGAGGUGGUGGUGAACCGCCGGCCUUAAAUUGGUCUUUAGAAAUUACUGAGCGGUUAGGCAGUCGUUUGCAUGCGCUCUGGAACAGAUCGGCCGGAGAUUGUCUCCUCGAUUCUACUAUGCAGGCUACUUGGGGUGUUUUCGAUAGGGAUAACGCUCUAAGAAGAGCGCUUGCCGAUACUUUGCAACAAGCAGGGCAGUUCUUUUAUCCUCGUUGGAGAGAAUAUGAAGCAUCACAGGCAGCUAGGAUGUUAGAUUUCACUUUAGAAGAAACACAAUGGCAAGAAGACUGGGAGAGUUUACUGGCAACGGCCGCUCAGCCCGGAAGCGCAUUAGAACAAUUGCAUGUAUUCGCCCUCGCCCACAUUUUAAGACGACCCAUUAUCGUAUAUGGGGUUAAAUAUGUUAAAAGCUUUCGCGGUGAAGAUAUAGGCUAUGCGAGAUUCGAGGGUGUUUACCUUCCGCUUCUAUGGGAACCUUCUUUCUGCAUCCGUUCGCCGAUUGCUUUGGGCUACACUCGCGGUCAUUUCACGGCGUUAGUGCCAAUUGAGCCUUAUGCCUCAUCCAGAAUACCGCCCCUUGCGUCCCACAGUGUGGUGAGUGGCAACAACAGCCCACUUGAACAACUGCAAAUCCAGAUGCAGACCACUUUUAUGCCGCUGAUGGAUCGCGAGCACAAGCUCCUGCCAAUACACUUUCUCACAGCCGAUGAGAUUGGUCGUGAAGAAUCCAUUUACAAGGAAUGGUUGGACGUGUGCAGGACGGAAGGUGGAAUCCUUGUAGCGCAGCAGAAGCUUCACAAGAGACCGUUACUUGUUGCACAGAUGCUGGAAGAAUGGUUAAAUUAUUAUCGUAGAUUAGCUCAAACAAAUGAGGCACCAUUCUCGAGACCACCCACAUUGCAGGAUUAUAGUAGCGACGGUGACACCGAAGAUGAGUAGUACCAUAACUCCAAAAGAAAAAUGUGAUUAACAUGAGAAGCGUCUCCGUUUUCACAAGUUUUUCUCGGUCAAAAAUUAUAAGAUAGUUAGAGUUAUAAAACAGAAACUGUACACGAAUUCUGUACUUUAUGAGUAAUUCGAUGAAGAGCAAUCACUACGUCCAUACAUAUUCACUGGCAAUGUGUUUAAAAAGUAGAAGACGUCACAUCGCCACUUAAUCUCACUUGCGUAUAUAAAAAUUGUGACAUUUAAAAUUUAUGAACUGUACCAAACACAUUUUGGAAUCAAUAAUUAUUCAAAUAAUUAAUUAUUGACUACAGUGAAAUAAUUUUGAAUUAAUAAUAUUCAAUUGAAA